GCCAAAUAAAUUAAGAGGAAUGUUCCCAAUAAUAGAGAACACAGCUAAAGAAUUCACAAUACGUAUCAAAGAUUUGAUAUCAAAUACCAAAAAUUGUAGACCCCUAAACGACAGGGGUACAGGAACGAAUAUCGAAGAAGUUGAAACAGAAAAUUCAACACUGGUGGAUUCAGAGAAACUUGUCGGAGGUUAUACGGCUGACGCAAUAGUACCUUGUGCUUUUGGACUAAAGAGUACAGUUAUGGACAACCCUAAUGAUCCGUUCGCGGUUGCAUUACAAGCUUUCUACGAAAUGAGUUUGUUCAAUAUAUUUGAAAAGACAAUGCGUCAGUUCUGGCCGGCUUUCGUCCUGUUCUUCCGUAUGAGGAUUAUCCCGAAGAAAACACAUGAUUUCUUCUACAAUAUUGUCACAAGCGUUCUUCGUGCGAGAGAAAAUGGUGUUCAAGAGAAACGCGGCGAUUUUAUUGACAUGAUGAUGACCCUACGAAGUGAUGACAAAAACAAUAACGCACCCAAAUCAGAGCUCGAAAAUGACGUAGAAAUAA